AUGGCUGACUUCAUUGCAGAGUAUACUGACACCCCAGAAAUCCCCACAAAUUGGAAUCUCUAUGUGGACGGCUCUUCAAAUAAAAUCGGAAGUGGAGCAGGUGUGAUAAUAGAAAGUAAUCAGGGAACCCAAAUCGAGCUCUCCCUGAAGUUUAAGUUCCCUGCUUCCAAUAGUCAGGCUGAGUAUGAGAUGCUAUUGGCUGGUUUAAAAUUGGCUAAAGAGGUCGGAGCCCAAAAACUGGUUAUCUUCAGUGAUUCACAGGUGACGCUGUCAUGGUGGACCCUCCACGAAGAUCCGCUGAAGUACAAUGGGCUACCUGGGGAAGAUCUGCUGAAGCACCUUAAGGAUUUCCAAGUUGCAUGUGCAACCGCAAGGAGACAUGGGGUAGAUGAAUCUGCAGUGUUGGUCUUUGCUUUCCCUUUAUCUUUGGAAGGGAAAGCAAAGGAAUGGUUUUAUACUCAGCUGAGUGAAAUUAGAUCCAACUGGGACUUGUUGCAUAAGGAUUUCUUGGAAAAGUUCUACCCUCCUCAGAAAACAGACAUGUUUCGAAGAGAGAUCUCUUGUAUUGUGCAACAAGAUGGAAAGAUCUUGUAUGAAUACUGGGAAAGAUUCAAGAAGUUAUUAGAAGCUUGCCCUCACCACCAGAUUGAUGAGUUGGUUCUGAUAAGUUAUUUCUGUCAAGGGAUGCAACACCAAGAUAAGCUUCUCCUAGAUGCCGCGAGUGGGGGAUCAUUGACCAAAAACAAGACUACAACAGAGGCAUGGGAAGUUAUAUCGGACCUAGCCGACUCAACUCAACACUCCCGGGCAAGGACUCCACAUCCAAAAGCAUUGAGUGAAGUUUCUCCUUCUAGAGAUGCUAUUUUGACUAAGACCCUUAGUGAAAUGACGAUCUUGUUGCGUCAAAUCACCCAAGGUCAAAAAAUCCCUCAAGCUUUGAUAAAUGCUCCCCCUCAACCUCCUAGGAUUGAAGAACCACCAAGGAUAUGUGUUGUUUGUGCUUGUACUACUCAUUACACAGAUGAGUGCCCUCAAAUCCAAGAGGACACUACAUUGGCGGUUGCUAAUCCUUAUCCACAAAGGACCAAUUACAACCAAGGACCCUACCAACAUGGAGGUAAUCAAAACCAAGGAUGGAGAGAUAACUCAAACCAAAGGUUGAACCAAGCUCCCCAAGCCAACCUAACCAAAAUUCUCAAGCCUAUUACCCCCAACACCCCCAAGGGGAGCAUAAAUGGCAUUACUCUCCGAAGUGGUACUAAGUUGGACAAGAAUGUUGAUAUACCCGCAAAGGCAAGUGAGAAGACCAACAAUGAUGAGGUAGGAGAAGAGGUGGAGAUGACAAAGGGUGAAGAUGAAAAUGUUGACAGAAGUGAGGAGGAGCCACCAAAAGUCAAGGAGCCAAAGAGAAAGACCUUGCUUGAAGAGCCUUCACCCAUUCCAUUCCCAACUUUGGUCAAGAAGGCAAAGAAGCAAGAAGAUCUUGACCCCACUUUGGUGGAAGUUUUUAAGAAAGUUGAAGUUACCAUCCCUCUCUUUCAAGCCAUUCAACAAGUGCCGAAAUAUGCCAAGUUCCUUAAAUAUGUGUGCACUCACAAAGACAAGCUUGGCAAUGUUAACAAAAAGCCGGUAGAUGAUUCAAUCUCUUCUUUGCUUCCUGAAAAAUAUAAUGAUCCUAGCCCAUGUUUGGUGACUUGUUUGAUUGGUGGGAUUAAGUUCAUGGAUUGUAUGUGUGAUUUGGAAGCGUGUGUGAGCACCAUGCCACUGCCCGUAUACCAAAGAUUGAACUUACCACCUCUCAAAAGAUCCGGGGCAAGGUUUGUCUUGGCUGACAAGAGUAUUGUGUCUGUGGUUGAAAUUGCAGAGAACGUCAUAAUCAACAUUCAAUGGUUGCUUUUUCCGGUUGACUUCCACAUCUUGGAGACUCUACCUAUUAAUUCGACUAACCCAUCAUCAAUACUCCUUGGAAGGCCAUUCUUGAAGACGGCCCGUUUCAAGCUAGACGCACACUCGGGAGUCUAUUCUUUUGAGUCGGAUGGCGAGUUAGUCAAGUUCACCCUGGAGGAGUCCAACAAACCCACUCUUAAGGCCUAUUCCAUUUUUGGGCAUGACAUAGUUGAAGAUAAAGUGAUUGAGGAUGUCAAGGAACAAGAAAAAGAGGAGUUUGCCAAGAAGUCAAAUUCAAAGGAUCAUGCUCAACCCAAGAAUGCCAAGGAGUUGGAGAUUUUCCUCCUUGGGGAAGUUUCUAAGUGA